GUAUCUUUCAAAAUGUCUGCAACAGAUUUAGCAAAAAAUACAAGCAGCAGGUCUUGAAGCAACAACAGCUUCAAUUACAAGCAAAUGAUGUAGUGUUGGAUGAGAUUGCUGAUGCUAUAAAUAAAACCUCGGUAAGGGAAAAGAAGGAAGAACACUCUGUGUGUUACUCUUAAGGAUUCUAAUGUGUAGCUUUUUGUUGCAUAGUCAACAUCCGAAAAACGACCACUAUCAUUACGAGUCUCAGAGGCCAAGGCCUGUAAAAAACCAAAGUACGAAAUUAGGUUUCACCGGAUGCCACCAAAGUCAGUGGUUUAAACGGCACCCUUGGUUCAAACUUAAUAUCAGUGACGAUAAAGAUGGGUCACAACUGCAUGCUCUUGAUGGUGGUAGCAAUACCAAAAAGAAUAUUGUUGGCAAGGUUAAAAUGCUUCACCACCCAAAAAAAUUGAAGACUGUGAUGAUUAUCUCCAUGCGGAUGACAAACGCCUAUUAAAAAAUGUUGACGGUCCAAGUUCUGCGAAAAAAUGCAUCGAACAAUUGACAAGCAGAUCUACGACAGAAAAAAA